AUGGAUGAAUCGUGUCAUACUUUAGAUGUCUACAGUUCUUUUAUCGAAGAUUUUCCCAUAAAUUCAUCCACUGUAGCUGAACACUCUAAAAAAGAUAGUAUUUUAAAUAAGGUAGUAUUUUAUAUACAGCAUGGAUGGCCAAAUCAGUUGCCGAGUUGUGAAGCUAAUUUGAUUCCCUAUUUUCGUCGAAGGUUAAGCUUGUGUGUGUGCACUAAUGUUGUUUUAUUACAGACUGAACAUCUCAGAGUAGUAGUUCCUCGAAGUUUACAGCCUAAGGUACUAUCAUUACUCCACGAGGGUCAUUGGGGAGAGACAAGAAUGAAGCAGCUGUCACGUCGGUAUUGUUGGUGGCCGGGUAUAGAUGAGAUGAUUCACCAUACUGUAAAUGAGUGCAACGCCUGCCAGCUCAAUGCGUCACAACCUACAAAGCAUUACACCAGCUGGCCAACUACCGAGCAUUCAUGGGAGCGCAUUCACAUCGACUACGCCGGACCUCUUGAGAAAUUUAUGUGGCUUAUCAUCGUCGACUCAUUCUCAAAGUUCCCGUUCGUUGUUCGCAUGCAGUCAACAACUUCGAAAGCGACAAUAGGUGCUCUUCGUUCUGUAUUUGCACUCGAAGGAUUACCAAAAACCAUAGUGUCAGAUAAUGGCACCCAAUUUUCUUCGGCAGAGUUCAAGAAUUUUUGUCAAGAGAACGCCAUUACUCAUUUAACCUCUGCACCUUUCAACCCUGAAUCAAACGGUGCGGCAGAACGCAUGGUGCGAACGUUCAAAACAGCGUUGACCAAGAUCUUAUGUACGACAGCACGCAGUGAAGAUGCCUUACAAAUUUUCUUGAACACCUACCGUACAGCUCCAGAUGCAGAUGGGAAGUCACCUGCUGAAAAGCUCCACGGUCGUUGUCACCGUACGGUAUUAUCAGUCCUUUGUCCAGAUGUCAACAGAAAGGAUAAAGGUAAUUACCUGUCAAAAUUCUCUACAGGAGAAACAGUUUACGUUCGUCAAUAUCUUAAAAGAACGAAAUGGGUAGAAGGAGUCGUAAUCAAGCCGUUGGGAAGGAAAAUGUAUCAAGUACAGACAGAUUUUGGUGUUUGGCGUCGUCACCAAAACCAGAUGCGUCCCAGAUCAUUUUCGAAUCUCAAGAAUAGUGAGACAACUCCAUCCUCACGAUCUCCAGUUCCAUUACAAGCACUUUCGCCAUCACCACCAUUGGCACUAUCACCAACGUCAUCAGAACCGCUAUCGUCUUUGUCAUCGCCUCAGCCGACAUCAGCAGCAGCACCUUCACCACAAUUGCCAUAA